ACAUCUCUGCCCAUUCAACGUUGUUAUCCACAACUACAAUCAAAAACACCUUAUUUUACAGCCUUAUUCCAGAACUCAUCAGCUCUUUCCGCAUACAAGAAUGAGCCGGAAGCUCGCUCCUGAAGCAAACCGUAUUCUCUUCGUGAAGAACUUGAGCUACAACGUCACAGCAGAAGAGCUCUUCGACCUCUUUGGCAAGUUUGGUCCAAUCAGACAAAUCCGUCAAGGUAUUGCGAAUAAUACCAAGGGCACCGCAUUCGUGGUAUAUGAGGACGUGAUGGAUGCGAAACAGGCUUGCGAUAAGCUGAACGGUUUCAACUUUCAGAACCGGUACCUUGUCGUACUUUAUCAUCAGCCAGAGAAGAUGGCUCGCUCAAGAGAAGACCUCGCAGAACGUCAAGAGAAUUUAGAACGCCUCAAACAGCAACACGGGAUAGAAUAACCGCUUCUAUAUUCUUCUACAACUUCUUUUCAUACUGGACCGAGGCUUGCUAGUAAAUUUUGAACUAUACAAGCAGCGCCCUCGCUCUCCAAUUUUAUGGCUUCACUGGGUUUUACGGCGUUUAUCAUUUUCAUUCUAUUCGAGUCGUUACGAUCGCUUACUUGUCACAUGCGUAUUAGUCGGUUCGAAACUUCUUUUUCAUGACGAACAACAGCCGGGGAAUAUCUCUGUUUAUUAUACAAGGAAAUGAUGGUUCACGUCGGCAGAUGAGAGUUUGAUCUUUUUGUAUGUUAAUUGCCACUGCUUUAUCACGCAACGAACGAGGCAUACCCGAGAUUGAAAUCGAACUAUGAUGGCAUCAAUGA